CUCUGCCGGCGGCUUUGCUGGGCCCCGCGUUGCCAUAGCGACCCCAGCCGGGCCGGGGACGCCCGAGCAAGCGGGGCACUCGGUUACUGAGGAGGGAGGCUGCCACCCCAUCGCUCCGGUCCACGCGGCUGCGGAUCCAGGCGCCGCCCCGCAGCACCCCCUAGCCCCACAGAAGCAGCCAACAUGCCCAUCUCCAAGUGCUUGCAAAAGUCGGAGCCCCUGUGGAAGCGGUGGGACCGGAAAGCCCAAAAGAACGGCCUGAGGCACCAGGUGUAUGCUGUCAGCGGCGACUGCUAUGUGGGCGAGUGGAAGGACAACCUGAAGCACGGAAAGGGAACACAGAUCUGGAAGAAGAAAGGAGCCAUCUAUGAGGGAGACUGGAAGUUUGGGAAGCGAGAUGGCUAUGGCACCCUCAGCUUUCCUGACCAAGAGAUGGGAAAGCCCAGGAAAGUAUACUCUGGCUGGUGGAAAGACGAUAAAAAAUCGGGCUAUGGGAUUCAGUUUUUCGGACCCAAGGAGUAUUACGAGGGUGAGUGGUGUGGCAACCUGCGCAGCGGAUGGGGCCGCAUGUACUACAGCAACAGCGACAUCUACGAGGGCCAGUGGUUGAACGACAAGCCGCAUGGGGAGGGCAUGCUGCGUCAGAAGAAUGGGAACCGCUACGAGGGCUACUGGCAGAGAGGCAUGAAGAAUGGGUCUGGCCGUUUUUUCCACCUGGACCACGGUCAGCUGUUUGAAGGCUUCUGGGUGGACAACGUGGCCAAGUGUGGCACAAUGAUUGACUUUGGACGCGAUGAGGCCCCUGAGCCCACCCAGUUCCCCAUUCCUAAGGUGGGCAGCACCCAGCAGGGCCCUGUGGCCACACCCAGAGACAGAACACGGCCCCCCCGCAGCCACAUCCAGCCUGGCCAGGCCCAGCCCAGCCUGGCCGGGGAACAGACAAGGUUUUGUUUUCAGGCAGGCAUCCCCGUGGAGACUGGCAGCAGCCCACAAGGCAGACAGCACCUCCAAAGUAGGCAGCACCCCAAAGGCUGGCAGCCUGGGCCUUCCAUGCUCCUCAGUCCAACCCCUUACUGCUUCCCUCCAGAUCAAAAUUCUAGACCCUGAUGGCGUGCUAGAGGAAGCCUUGGCCAUGUUCAAGAAGACAGAGGAAGAUUGAUGCCAGGUGAGGGGCGGGCAUGCUCUCCAGCCUCCGAUGUGGUUAAGGCAGCUCUUGGGGUCUCCUUUGGCCAAGGAACCAGGAGCAGAAGGUGGGUUUCUUGCUUCCUCCAAUCCAGCUGGUUCUUCUUGGUUCCUUCCCUUCAAAACUCAUUUCCUUGAAGACCAGUUUGCUCCUGAACAUCCUUGAGUAAGGUGGUUUGCCCCAGGCCUGCACCUGCACAUCUGUCCCAGCCCCUCCUGGUGUGGGUAUCAGGGGGUUUGAGGAGAGGGCACUGGUAUGGCAUCUUGAGCCGGCUCGAGUCACCGGCUCCCACCAGCCCCUUGCCCUCGCAGAGAGCACCCCAGAGCUUCCGGAGAAAUUCAAGCCCGUCGCCCAACUGCUCAAACCGGUGCGGCUUCUGCAGGAGUUGAGUGGUGACUCGGGCACACCCUUGGCACUCUCUGAGGGCACCUCACUCUUCCCAGCACUGGGUUAUUCUCUCCCCAGCUGACUUUGGGGACCCUCUUGUUACAGGCUUCAUUCUUGGUCCUCAUUCCUGAGAGCAAGAGUAUAAAGGAGAACCUGGUGCCAUCGGCCCUGGGCUCGUGGUGUGUGAUUGGGAUGGAGGGGGUGCAGCUCUGGAGGGACUUCAGGUGAAGAGGGAAGACGUCCCUGCAGGCUGCAUGGAUUUACCCUGGGCGAGAAAGAAGAGCCUGCGUCUGGUCACACUGGCCACUGAGAUUUGGGGCUGAGAGCCGCCCUGGCUUCUCAGCCUAACACAGGAGGGCUCAACCUUGGGAUCCUGUGGGAGCUUUAAAAGCUACGGACACCUAGGCCUCACGCCCAGACUCUCAUGUGUCUGGGGUGAGGCCUGGGCCUUCAGAAAGUUCCCCCGAUGAUUCUAAUGUGCAACUGGGGCCAGAAUCCCUGAAUUGCUGGCUUUGUGACCCUAAGCAAGUGACCUCAGCUGCCCUGCCUGUAAAAUGGCACUUAGGAGAUCUCACAGGGGUGUUUUUCAGGAUUUGCUAACAGAUGGAAUAACAACAAAUAACAUGUAUUGAGGUUGUGAAGCAGAGAUCUGGGAAGAGGUUUGCAUUAUUCUAGACAACAUUCUUCAAGAUAAAAGGGAUUCUUACAUAAUGGGUAAGAACACGAGCUCAGCAGUCAGACUGCCGGGGUGUGAAUCGCAGCAGUGAUUUAGGAGCUGUGUGUUCUCGGGUAGGGCACCCAACCUCUCUGUUCUCUAGGUUUCCUCCCCUCAAAUACGGGGCAGUCAUGGUCCUUGCCACUCAGGUUAUUUGGUUAACAUGAGGAUGACAUAAGGCAUGUUCCUAAUCCAAGAGUGAUUUUGUCUCCCCGCCCUCCCUGGGGACAUUUGGCGAUGCCCAGAGACAUUUCUGGUUGUCACACUGGCAGGGAAAAAUAUUACUGGCAACUAGUGGGUAGCCGUUGAGGAUCCUGCUAAACACACUAUAAUGUGAACACUCAACAAUAGAACUUUUCAGCCCAAUGACCGAAGUGUAACCCUGCAAUUCCAUGAUGUUCACUAAGGCCUCAGCAAGUGCCUGGCACACAGUAAAGGCUCCAUAAACACUAUUUCCUGUCUGCCUUCGAAAUCCUAAGCAGGGCGUGGCCUAACCCAAAGGUAUGGUUCUGUCUAGACCUCUCGCACCAGGAAACUGAGCCCGGCGCACUCGGGGGACACAGAACGUUCAUUCGGAGAUAGGCCCUGUGCUGACAGCUUCACCUGUCUCCCCCGCCCACUCCACCACAUGACCCUACAACAACUUCUGAGGGUGCCUACUAUUAUGAUUGCCAUUUUAGAGGAGGAAGCAGCUUCACGGAGGCGCACAAGUCACAAAGCUACAAAGUAACUGUACUUAAACUUAGAUCUAUCUGCUCUUAGAGCGCAGAGAAGGCUACCUUUUUUUCUUUCCCCCCGCCCCCGGAAAAGUAGGGUGUGUUCUUGUUUAUGCAUGAAAUCUCUCUAGAUGGGGACACAACACACUUGCAACAAUGGAUGUCACUGGCGAGAACCGGGAACCUGGGAAGAGGGGAGGGCGUGCGACUUUUCACUGUUGUAUUUGGAACCUGUGAAUGUGUUUGUGUCUGAAAUACAAAGAAAACUGAU